CCACCAAAAUGGGGCUUAAGUGGCACAUUUUAGUUUGUUUUGUGACAGCUAUUCUGGUGGAACAAACCCAUGAGGGACUUAUCAAGAAAGUUAUUAGGCAGAAGAGAGACAUUUUACAGCCAAAAGAAGAAAAUAUCACUUUACCAGUUGGAACACAACCUAUCAACUUCAACCAUGUCUACAACAUCAAUGUUCCUCUUGGUUCUCUCUGUUCAGUGGACUUGGAGUCUCCUGAUGGUAUUGUGAGACCCAAAGCUGACUCUAGUGACCAACACAUAGAGCACACUGUUGAUGGUGAAAAUCAAAUUGUCUUCACUCAUCGAAUCAAUAUCCCACGUCAGGCCUGCGGCUGUGCAGCAGGUCCAGAUAUCCGUGACUUGCUCAACAGGUUGGAGGUGCUGGAAGGUCACGUAUCAUUAUUACGCGAUCAGUGCGCUAAUGGAGUUUGCUGUGGAAAUGGUGCACAGCAAGGAAUAGGUCGUGUUGACGUAAAACCUUUUUGUGGUGCACAUGGAAACUACAGCACAGAUACCUGUGGCUGUUUAUGUAACCCAGGCUGGAAAGGAGCAAAUUGCACAGAACCUGACUGCCCAGAAAACUGCAAUGAAAGAGGUACCUGCAUUAAUGGCAAGUGCUUGUGUGAAGAAGGUUUCACCGGUGAAGACUGUAGCAUUGAAGUAUCCUGCCCUAACGACUGCAGUGAUCAAGGCAGGUGUAUAAAUGGAGUCUGCCAAUGCUUUAGUGGUUACACAGGAGAAGACUGUGGUCAGGAGUUGUGUCAAUUUGACUGUGGUGAAUAUGGAACCUGUAUCAAUGGAGUUUGUGUCUGUGAUGAAAGUCAUACAGGUGAAGACUGCAGGAUAAAGCUCUGUCCCAACAACUGCAGUGGCCAAGGUAUUUGUAUUAAUGGACUUUGUGUCUGUGAUGAAGGUUUAACUGGAGAAGACUGUACGGAUCUGGCCUGUCUUAACAACUGUUAUAAUCGUGGCCGCUGCGUGGAUGGAGAGUGUAUCUGUGAUGAAGGUUUCACAGAUCAGGACUGUUCAGAAAUUAUUUGCCCCAAUGACUGCUAUGACCGUGGGCGUUGUGUUGAAGGGGUAUGUUACUGCGAUGAAGGUUUCACUGGUGAAGAUUGCGGAGAACUUGUCUGUGUGAACAACUGCAGUAACAAUGGCCUCUGUGUCAAUGGGCAGUGUGUCUGCAAUGAAGGCUACACAGGUGAAGACUGUAGUGAAUGGGCUUGCCUGGACAAUUGCAACAAUCGUGGAGUCUGUGUCGAUGGAGUGUGCAUCUGUAAUGAAGGCUUCACUGGAGAAAGCUGUGGUGAAUUGGCCUGUCCAAACAAUUGUAAUAAUCAUGGGCACUGUGACGAUGGACGUUGUAUCUGUGAUGAAGGCUUCACAGGGGAAGACUGCAGUGAGCUCCUUUGUCCGAGCAAUUGCAAUAAUGUGGGUAGCUGCGUCAACGGACGGUGUAUCUGUGACUUUGGCUUCACCGGAGAUGACUGUGGUGAAUUAGCUUGCCCAAACAACUGCAACAACCGAGGCAGCUGUGUCAGUGGUCAGUGUAUCUGUGAGGAGAGCUAUUCAGGAGAAGACUGCAGUGAGCUGAUUUGCCCUAAUGAUUGCUCUGACCGUGGACAAUGUGUCAAUGGCCAAUGCAUCUGUGAAGAAGGUUUCACGGGGGAAGACUGUGGUCAGCUGGCCUGCCCAAACAACUGUAAUAACCGUGGCCGCUGUGUCAAUGGUCAAUGUGUCUGUGAUGAUGAUUUUACUGGCGAGGACUGCAAUGAACUGGCCUGUCCUAACAACUGCAAUAACCGUGGCCGCUGUGUCAAUGGUCAAUGUAUCUGUGACCCAAAUUACAGUGGCCUAGAUUGUGCAGAUUUGGCCUGUCCCAAUAACUGCAACAAUCGUGGGCAAUGCAUUGAUGGUCGAUGUGUUUGUGAUGAAGGCUACAUAAAAGAAGACUGCUCUGAGGUUUCACCCCCUAAAAACCUAAAGGUGACUGAGGUGAAUCCUAAAACUGUGGACCUAGAGUGGUAUAAUGAAGUCCGAGUAAACGAAUACCUUAUCACCUAUGCCCCAACUACUCCUGGUGGUCUACAAAUGGAAAUAAGAGUACCCGGAGACCAAAUGUCAUCCACUAUCCAAGGACUAGAGCCGGGGGUUGAAUAUUUAAUCAACGUUUAUGCUAUCCUUAACAACCAGAAAAGCAUUCCUGUCAGUGCCAGGAUAGCAACACAUCUACCCACGCCAGAUGGUUUAAGAUUCAAGUCUAUUCGUGAGACCACCGUGAAUGUGGAGUGGGAACCUUUGGACAUUGCGUUUGAUGGUUGGGAGCUCAUUUUCAAAGCCCCAAAAGAAGAAAACGGAGAGAUUUCCACCAGCCUGAAACAACCAGAAGUAUCAUUUGUGCAGACUGGCCUGGCUCCGGGACAAGAGUAUGAAGUCAGCCUUCGUGUUGUGAAAAAUAAAACCCACGGCCCAGAAAUUAAGAAAAUACUGACAACAAAGAUUGAUGCGCCAAGCCAAGUGGAAGUAAAUAAAGUCACAGACACCACCGCUCACAUUACCUGGUUCAAUCCAUCUGCCCAAAUUGAGGGAAUCAGCCUUUCCUAUGGGACUCCAGGCAGUGAGAUGGCAACUGUUGACCUUCCUAACACCGAGACAGCCUAUUCCAUAGCUAAGCUUCAACCAGACACUGAAUAUGAAGUUUCUCUGGUUUCUAAACGUGGGAACAUGAAAAGUAAUCCAGCUGUCAAUACUUUCACAACAGACCUUGAUGCUCCCAAAAACCUCAGAAAUGAGUCUCAAACGGAUGACAGCAUCACCUUGGAAUGGAAGAACACCAGAGCUGCUGCUGACAAUUACAAGGUUAAAUAUUCACCACUGGCAGGAGGAGAACACAAGGAAAUUACUGUCAAAAGAAGCAAUCAAGCAACCACCAAAAUUAAGAUUUCUGAUCUGCAGCCUGGUACCGAAUAUGGUUUUGGCGUUAGUGCCAUUAAAGGCAACAGAGAGAGUGCUCCUGCUACCAUCAACGUAGCCACAGACUUGGACAGUCCAAGAGACUUGAAAGUGAUUGAGACAUCAGAGAACACAAUUACGCUGACAUGGAAACGCCCACUGGCAGUAAUAGAUCAUUACUACAUCAUCUAUAUCUCAUCCGCUGGUAAGAGGCAUGAGGAGAUGGUGGCCGCCGAUGCUAUCUCAUACAUCCUGACUGGGCUCGACCCUGCGGCUGAGUACACCAUUAUCCUAAUAGCACAGCGAGGUAAACAAAGGAGCAGGGCUUCCAGCACCAUUGCUUUGACAGCGAUGCCGGAGCCAGCAUUCUCUGCUACUCUGGAGGAGGCCAUCACGCCUCUUCCAAAUGGAAGAAUAACAGUGCCAGUUGUUUCCUUGAUAGUAGAAGCUUCUGUGCCUGAGUUUUCCGGGACUGGUGAUGUUGAACUCAGUAACCUAACUGCUUCCGAUGUAACCUCCGAUACUAUCAAACUUUCCUGGAUGGCAGAAAUAGGAUCCUUUGACUAUUUUAUCAUAAAGUAUAGAAGUGGGCUUGGAGCCGAUGAUGAGACAGAGAUCUCCGUGACUGGUGAUGAUUUAGCUGCUGAAAUAAGAGGCCUAAUACCCUCCACUCCUUAUAAGAUAACUCUUUAUGGAAUUGCUGGUGGUCAACGCUCAGAGCCGCUGAACAUUAGAGUUACCACAGAAUCCUUUGACCGUUCCGGUACACAAUUUCAAAACUCAGAAGUCGCCAUGCCAGAGAAUCUUGUGGUAAAAAAUGUAACUUCCACCAGCCUUGGACUAUCCUGGACAGCACAAAAGGGAGUUUUUGAUAGGUUUCUUUUAUCAAUAAAGGAUCUUAAUGGAUUGAAUGUCCCUUUGAAGAUUUCCCUACCAGGUGAUCAGCAUACAACUGAUGUAACAGGGUUGGUAGCUGGCACUGAUUACGAGAUUGAUCUUUAUGGAAUAGUCCAAGGCCAGCUUUCACAACCAGUGAAAGGUGUUGCAAAAACAGAAUCUGAACUUGAAAAUUUAAUGGUCUCGGAAGUUACCUCCGGCAGCUUCAAACUCUCUUGGACAGCUGAUGAGCCCUAUGACAGCUUUGUUAUAGAUAUUAAAGACUCUGAUGGGUUGUAUGACCAAUUAACAUACACAGUACCAGGUGAUCAGUAUUUCAUAGACAUCCCACAUCUGCGUUCUGCUACUGCCUAUGAGGUUUCUGUCUAUGGUAUAAUUCACGGUCAGCAAACAAAGCCGCUGUACACUGAAGCUCAAACAGAGGCCGAACCUGAAGUGGACAACUUAGCAGUUUCCAAUGCUACCUCAGAUGGCUUCACACUUUCUUGGACAACAGAUGAGAGUGACUUUGAUAACUUUAAUAUUAGAAUUAGGGAUUCCAGAAAGGAAUUUGCUCCUCUGGACUAUACAGUAUCGGGUGACCUACGAACAACUAGCAUCACGGGCCUCCCCGAUGGUACUGAGUAUGAUAUUUCCUUGGUUGGCAUUGCAGAGGGACGACAUUCACAGCCAAUAAAUACCAUAGCAGUCACAGGGCUAGGAUCUCCUAAAGGCCUGCAGUUUGCAGAUGUCACCGACACCACAUUGGCAGUCUGGUGGGACCUUCCCAGAACCUACAUCACCAAUUUCAAGAUUAUUUAUGUGCCAGUUGAUGGAGGUCCAAGCAAUACAGUGACAGUUGAUGGCAGCAAGACUCGAACUACACUGCGAAAGCUGACCCCAGCCACUGAAUAUGUAAUCAAGGUCAUCUCUGUUAAAGGGUUUGAGGAGAGUGAACCAAUUUCAGGCACAGUGCAGACAGCCUUGGACAGUCCAUCGGAAUUAGGUGUUGUGAAGGUCACAGAUUCUGAAGCCCUGUUGGUAUGGAAGCCCACUGUUGCUGCAGUAGAUGAAUAUCUCAUCGCCUACAAUGCUGAGGGCGAGUCUCCAAUAACAAAGCAAGUUUCAGGAUCCCUGGUACAGACUGAACUCAGCGCUCUUUUACCUGGCACCCUGUAUACUGUGCGGAUCCAUGCCGUGAAAGGCUCCCUCGAAAGUUCUGCCUCAUCCACUACCUUUACUACUGCCAUUGAUCCACCCAGAGACUUGAGAGUCGGAGAAAUUACAACGAACGAUGCACUUGUUUCAUGGAAACCUCCACAAGCUAGGAUCGAUGGGUACAUUCUGACAGUUGAAUCUGAAGAUGGAAGACCACAGAAAGUUGAAUACUUUGGAGCUACAGAUAACUCAUACAGCAUGGACCAACUGGUUGCAUCAAUGAAAUACAAUGUGAGACUCCAAGCCUACGCAGGAUCAGAGAGAAGCAAUGUAAUAGAGACCACCUUCACAACAGUUGGUUCCUUGUAUCCAUUCCCCAAGGAUUGCUUUCAGACGUUGUUGAAUGGUGAAGCCAAUUCUGGACUUUAUACCAUUUUCUUGAAUGGAAAUCGCUCUCAGCCACUUCAGGUGUACUGCGACAUGACCACUGAUGGAGGUGGCUGGAUGGUCUUCCAGAGGCGCGAGAACGGCAAGGUGGAUUUCUUCAGAAACUGGAAGAAUUAUACCAUUGGAUUUGGCAACCCUUCUGAUGAGUUUUGGUUAGGGCUUGAAAACCUUCACAGGAUUACAUCACAGGGUCGUUACCAACUGCGUGUGGAUUUCCGAGAUGAAGGAGACUCUGCUUAUGCAGUAUACGACAAGUUCCUUGUCACUGACUCCAAAAGUCGAUACAAACUGCAUGUUGGAGGGUACAGCGGAAAUGCAGGUGACUCUCUGACUUACCACAAUGGCCGUCCAUUCUCCACAAAGGACAGAGACAAUGAUGUGGCCGUGACAAACUGUGCUCUGUCUUACAAGGGAGCCUGGUGGUACAAGAACUGCCACAGAGUAAAUCUGAAUGGAAGAUAUGGAACUCAAAGCCAUAGCCAGGGUGUGAACUGGUAUCAUUGGAAGGGUCAUGAGCAUUCGAUUGAAUUUGCUGAAAUGAAAUUGAGACCACACAACAUCAGAGACCCACAACAGAGAAAGAAGAGAGCACAACAGCAACAUUAAAUAACCAAAUCAUCCGUCAACAAUAAAGAUUCAUAAUGUACAGAAGCAUCACUAAUUUAGCUCACAAUCGAGUUACUGUGUAAUAUGAGCCUUGCUAGUAAAGUGCUCUCAUCUUACAUGGGUUUAGCUCCACUCAGUUUAAACACCAAAGAUAAUUUUGACAAUAAUUAACAUAGGUUGUUAUUGCUUUUAGGGUCAUAGCUUUAUGUAUGUUGCUCGGAGGGUGGGGGUGGCUUUAUAUGUACAUCAUUACGCCUGCACAGACAUCAGAGUGUAUUGUUUGUCUUUGUUCAUCGUGUUGGGGAUAUAUUGCCAUGGCAACAAACUGACCAGUUGUUAUUAAAAGGUUAAUGUACAGAAGCUUCAUGUUUAACCAUCAAGUAUAUAAGCUGACUGUUUAAAUGUGGGUGCGGAGUUUUUUUUUAACAUGGAGCUCCAUAUUUGUGGUUCUUUACUGAAAGGGAGGUAUUGUUUGAAAAAGCACAAGUUGUUUCUUGCCAUUGGUUAGCAAUUUCAGGUACCUUGUUUUAAACAAAAAAAAAAUCAACCAAAUGUUGAUUCUGUUAAAGGGUAGAAGAACAGUAAUGUAUAUACACACAACUAGGAGCCCUUACUAAGGCCACUUUUUCACAAAGUUUCAUUUGCUCCCUGGAAUAGGACAAUUUUUUUCUCAGUAAAUUACCAGUCUCACACACAAAAAAAUACAUUAUUAAAUGUAAUUUUGUGAGUUAUUUUUCCUCGUGGGAAGUUAUGUCUGCAUUGUUUAAAAUAAUCUCAACGCUUCCGUUUAUUUAAAUGGCAUAGAUACUGUGCUGAAAUAAAAGGGAAAAAUAAUGAAUUGCUUUUAAGGAAUUCUAUUUUCAACGUAAAUGUAAAAAGUAAUAUUUUUGUCUUUCAAAUGUCCACAACCAAAAAUAAAGUUUUUUUUUUCCCCGAUUUAUAUAAUAUCCUUAUCGUGGAAAGGUAUGAUCACUAGAACCCAAUUAUACAGUACCACUAAAAUCAUGAUAUACAUUUGUAAAAUAAUGAGUGUUUCUCACAUGAAUAAUUUCAAUGUACGUUUCUGUGUACUCCUAAUUAAAAUAAAGUAAUGGUGUUUUAACAAA